UAUGUACAAGUGUAAAACACGCUAUAACGAAUCAAGAAAACAGACUGCCUAGUUAAGUGGAUAAACUCUGUAAUGAGACGAAAAAAGUGAAGAAGACGUUCUGGUAAUAGAAAGGUGUUUGUUGAGUCAUCUCAUUGGUUAAGGAGUGAAAAGCGGUACGGGUCACGGUGUGAAUACGCGUUAAGUCGUCGAAAUCGUUCGUUAGGAUUCAUCGCGACUCCUACGCCUCCGGUUGAUUGGCUCGAUGAAAGUGUGACGAAAUGGUGAAAUCAGGUGUUUAGUAAUAAAAUAAACCGUGCGUAAUAACUAAGUGACCCACGAUGGAGAUGGAUCCAGAGCUCUUGUUGAAGAUGGAAAUCGCCUUCUUUCGGAAUCUACUCAAGUUACUACGGGCAACAAAGGCGUUUCUGGACGCACUGAGCGAGGCGGGCGCGACAUGCGUGUCGCGCGCGACGGCGAUCAAGUUUCUGCUCGCGCGCAAGUUCGACGUGGCCCGUGCGCAUGCGCUCUGGCGGCAGCAUGAAGCCACGCGCCGGAGAGAAGGACUCAACAAGUUCGAGCCCUUCGAAGAGCCCCUGAAGUCUGAGCUUGAGACUGGGAAGUUCACUAUAUUGCCAAGUCGAGACGCGACGGGUGCCGCGAUCGCAGUCUUCACAGCCAACAAGCAUUUUCCUUCCCUGACUACACAUCAAACCACGCUACAGGGAGUGGUGUACCAAUUGGACGUGGCUCUGCAGUCGGUGGAGACUCAGCGCGCCGGGCUGGUCUUCAUAUACGACAUGACUGAUUCCAAGUACACCAACUUCGACUACGAGCUCUCGCAGAAGAUACUCACCAUGCUCAAGGGCGGAUACCCGGCCAAAUUAAAGAAAGUGCUGAUAGUGACAGCGCCACUGUGGUUCAAGGCGCCAUUCCGAAUCCUGCGGUUGUUCGUGCGGGAGAAGUUGCGGGAGCGCGUGCACACAGUGAGCGCGCCGCAGCUGGGCGUGCACGUGCCGCGCGCCUCGCUGCCGCGACAGCUGGGCGGCCAGCUCGACACCGACCACGCCGCCUGGUUGGAGCACUGCCGGACUUGCUACACUAACAACCUACAGAACGCCAAGCUAGAAGGAGUCAUCGACGAAUAUGUAAUCAGCAACCACAUACCACCUGUUAAGCAAAAUGGUAUAAUCGAGCGCGAGGGCGCGUGUGACAUGACCAGCGACCGCGCGACGCGACACGAGCCCAGCACAGACAUGCACAUCAGCGGGGACCCGCCCUACACCCGCGACCCCAGCCCGCUUAGGCAUACACACGGGUACAAUGGCGACAUGAAAGGCAGGCACAUAAACUCAGGGGACGAGGAUGACCUAGAUAUAAGCACGCGCGGCACGUGGUCGAGCGGCGAGGCGUCGCCCGGGCUGUCGGACGAGGAGUGCGGCGGCGGCGGCGCGGGGCUGGCGCCGGCCGCGCUGCUGGCCCGCGUGCGCCAGCUGCAGCGCCGCGGCCUGCUGCUGGAGUACGAGGAGCUGCGCGCCCGCCCGCCCGCUGGCACCUUCCACCACGCCAAAUUGCCAAGUAACCUAGCCAAGAACAGGUACACGGAUGUACUCUGCUACGACCACUCGCGCGUGCUGCUGUCUCAGACGGACCCCGACGACCCCACCACAGACUACAUCAACGCCAACUACGUCGACGGAUACAAACAGAAGAAUGCCUUCAUUUGCACACAAGGUCCCCUUCCAAAAACGUUUGGCGACUUCUGGCGCAUGGUGUGGGAACAAGGAACCGUGGUGAUUGUGAUGACAACGCGCGCGGUGGAGCGCGGCCGCGUUAAGUGCGGGCAGUACUGGCCGCUCACCGUUGGGUCGACGGCCGUGUACGGGGGCUUCGCGGUCACUACUGAGGCUGUCGACACUGAGGACGAUUAUACCAUCUCCCACCUUGUCUUGACGGACGUGAGGACGGAGCAGUCGCGGCGCAUCUGGCACGGGCAGUACACGCGGUGGCCGGACUACGGCGUGCCGGGCGGCGGCCGCGCCACGCCCGUGCUGCGCUUCCGGCAGCGAGUGCGGCGCGCGCAGCACGACGCGCGCCAGCAGCUGGGAGACUCGUGGGCGGGACACAGUAUGGGACCUCCGAUCGUUGUACACUGUUCUGCAGGCAUCGGACGAACUGGCACGUUCCUGACGCUGGACACGUGCGCGGCGCGGCUGGCGGCCGAGGGCGUGGUGGACGUGCGCGGCACCGUGGAGCGCAUCCGCGCGCAGCGGGCGCACUCCAUACAGAUGCCCGACCAGUACGUGUUCUGCCACCUCGCCAUCCUCGAGUACGCGGUAAUGAACGGGUACUUGGACUCGGCGGACUUGACGGGCUUCGACGCGGACAACGAUGACGAGUCGGAAUGAAGACUGGCGCGCAACCCCGCCUGCCGCCUGCUCUAGGCACACGCACACUGAGAGCGAUAUGCAAUGGACGGUGCUCUCGACUGAUUACUAAUUAAAAGACGACGGUCUAUGUCCAUAAAGAUUAGUACAUGCUGUUUUAAAAGAGUUCAAUAACGUAAAUGUCGGACGUCCAAAAGAAAAUAUUUGAUGUUCUUUCGAAGUAACAAGAAGAUAAUUUAGAUUUAUGGAACGGAGAAUGUCCCGUCCGUAAACAGCUUACGUAAUAUUCUUGAGAAUAAAGGGAGAGCGUCGAAUGUUCAGAAGGAAGUAGUGUCAGCUUGUAAGCGCCAGAGCAGUGCAGUCCCAACACCGGAGCGUGAACAUGCGUGUCAUAGCGUCGUUAGUAUACGGAACAAUUCCCGCGCGAACUUGCCGAGACACUGAACGUCGCACACGACAUGUGUUCAUUAGUAUAGUGCCAGCGUCGCCCGCGGACCUGUAUACUAGUGUGUACCCCAACUCGGUGCAGUGAGGAACGUGCCCAUGUGUUAUAGCGCUAUUCGGCCAAACUAGAAGAAAUUACACCACACCCCGCGGCGACUUUGAACUGUACCCUAAUGAAAUUUAGUUCUGACGGUUUGAAUAUUUCAAAGCCGUCGCGGACUAUACAUAACAAUUCCCUAGAAUAAGUCCUAGUGAAUGAUUAAAAUGGAAAUCAUAUGAAAAUGAACGUUCCUUUAGCAUGAAUAAGAACUGAAAUUUAUAUAAAUCAGUCCUUGGAAGGAAACCUCGUGAUUCGAGUAUUUAUUUUGCAUAUUAAAAAAAUCUUUUGUAACCAAAAAAUAUUUCCAUAAAUUUAGAAUUUUAUUAUUUAUUUAUGUAAGAAGUAUGGCUGUGUGAAGUUUUUGUCUGUAAUUUAUGUAGUUAUGUUUAUAUUUUAUUUCAGUAAAAUAUAUGCCCAUUUUAUUAUGGAAUGAAAUUAAAUGUAUACACAGAAGUGUCGAUGGUUUGAUACAAGUUUUAUAAGGAGGUGCUGGUAGGUUACGUUAUUCGCGGAUCAUUUGAACGUUUCACUCAUACAC